AUGGCCGCUCUGGAAUCCUUGAGUAACAAAGAAUUGCGUCAAAAAAUGAUCGAAUUCGGUAUGCCCAAUGUACCGGUGACCGAUUCGAGUCGUAAAAUUCUUAUACGCCGCUUGGAGGCUGUAAUGUCGGGUAAACCCGCUACCACCACAACUCCCAAUAAGACAAAUCGUCGCGAAACAAUGCAUGUCUCAAAGCCAUCAGAAAUGGCGUCAUCUGCUAAAAUUACAGCCGCUGCUGCAUUGAAUAAUAACAACAACACAACCACCAGUGGAAAACCAACGGCUGCCAACAGACCAUCUAGACGUACCAUAGCAGCCACGGAAAGGCAUGUAACCACAACCACCACGGUUAGUGAACCAGAAUAUUCAGAUGUUUCACCUGAUCGCGGUGAGGUGGUUUUGACACAAAUGUUGCCGCCAAAAGCAAAGACACCCGAGAAGCCUACUUUGUAUCCAAAAUUACCGGCCAAAGAGCCAUCUCCCAAACCGCAGGUGUUGAGUAAAACUGGUGUGGUAUCUACAUCGUAUAUACAGGAGUCAAGUGUUAAUAAAACUUAUGCCGAACCCAUUGAUGAUAUCGAUUCGACCGAGGAAGAAAUUGAGCAAGAAAUAAUGAAGAAACCCGUAUCAAGUGUACCAUCUUACAGUGCCACCAGCUAUGUGCCUCUAUCGGAAUCUAAGGUGACAACAUCGGCAUCAAUGCCACCCUUGGCUUCAACAUUAAGUUCCAGUACACGUUACAGUUCUUUAAAUAGUUCAUAUAACUACAGCGGCAACACCAAGCCAAGUUCCACAACCGUGUUGAACAAUUCCACCAGUACCAGUGUACGUAAAACCUAUCAACCCCCAACAGCAGCUGCAGUACCACAGCCAGCAUCAAGAACUACAAUUUCCGCUGCAUCAACUUAUCAACCAAGAGUAGGAGGGGGAGUUACACAAAAAUAUGUUAGCACCCCCGAUCCAUACGAUGUCGAAUAUGAGGAUGAGGGAGAGGAAUUGGACGAUGACGACGACGAAGAUGAUGUAGUCUUGGUGGAAGAUAGUCCCGUAAAAGAAGAUCUACAGACACCAUUUCUUAGCCAAUUUGCACGUAAUUUGGAGACACUCAAGGCAACACCCAUACGCCAUUCAAUUGGACCCACAAAAAUUACACCUCCCAAGACGUCAGCAUUUCGUCAACGUGAAACUGCUGCUGCCUAUAAUCGUCGUACCAUAGGUGGUGGUGGUGGUAGUGGUGGCAGCGCCACCAUCUCAGCACGUCGUUCUUAUGUCAAUGCACCCGAGCAGGAAGAAUCACCAUUCCGCCAAUUUAUGAUGGCCAUGGAAGAGAAAUAUCAUCUCAAGCAGACAUUUAUUAUAAUUUCCGUCUUUAUUGUAGCCAUAUUUAUUUAUGUUUUCUUUAUACAAAGUGUUUAGAUUUAUUUAUGUAUAU